AUUCACACAUCCUUGAUCAAUGGGCGACCAAGUGCAGAUGAUCCUUCUCCGACACUGCUAGAGUUUACAUCAGCUCGUUAUAUUCGCUUAAGAUUUCAGAGGAUACGGACACUAAAUGCCGAUUUAAUGAUGCUUGCACACAGAGAUCCCAGUGAAAUUGACCCAAUAGUCACAAGGAGAUACUAUUAUUCUGUGAAAGAUAUCUCAGCGGGAGGAAUGUGCAUCUGUUAUGGCCAUGCAAAAGCAUGUCCAUUGAAUCCAGCCACAAAUAGAUCUUCGUGUGCAUGUGAACAUAAUACUUGUGGAGAAAGCUGUGAUCGGUGUUGCCCUGGAUUUAAUCAGAGACGUUGGCAAGCUGGGACUUUUCUUGUAAAACAUGAAUGUGAAGCUUGCAACUGCCAUGGGAAGGCAGAAGAAUGUUACUAUGACCAGACUGUGGCAGACAGAAAGCAGAGUUUGAAUAUCCAUGGAGAAUACACUGGAGGCGGAGUAUGCAUUAACUGUACUCAGAACACUGCGGGCAUCAAUUGUGAGACAUGCAUUGAUGGAUACUUCAGGCCAAAAGGGCUUCAUCCAAGGGAUCACCAGCCAUGCCAGCCAUGUCACUGUUAUUCUAAGGGCUCUUUAGAUGGCACUUGUGUCAAGGAUGAAAAACAAGCUACAGGAGGUAUGCAUCCUGGAUCUUGUCACUGUAAACCAGGUUUUGGAGGAGAGAGGUGUGAUCGGUGUGCAUUGGGUUACAAAGACUUUCCUUACUGUGUGCCCUGCAAUUGCUCUCUGAAAGGCAGCUUAAAUGAUGAUCCUUGUCAAGGACCCUGCAGAUGCAAGGUCUAUGUUGAAGGAAGGAACUGUGAUCGCUGUAAACCAGGCUUCUUCAACUUGCAGCAAGACAACCCCCAGGGCUGUGAGGCAUGUUUCUGCUCAGGAAUAACAAAUGACUGCAUAGAUUCUCACUGGACUUACAGCACGGUAAGGAAAAGCACAGAAAUGCAUACAUCCAACAA